GCACCAAAAGCUAGCAUCAAGCAACCAUUGCAUCACGCAGUUCAGUUUCUCUUCCAAAAUCUCCAAAUGGGCUACCGACCUUUUCUCUCCUGCUGCCCUGCAUGCAUGCAAACCUCUAGGUAAGUUCUAACCGAAGAUCAAAGACUUUCGAGAGAUCGACCGAUAUUGAUCGAAGAUACAUCACCUUUGAUAAUGCCGCCAAUCAGAGCUCUCUUCAUCAAAACACUUCACCAUUUCAUCCAUCCAGACUUCCACCAACUAGUUGCGAGAAUGACCCUAUUUGAUCGAUUCCUCUUUCUUAUCGUGCACUCUCUCGACAAGUUUGGAAUUGCAUGGCACCGAUUACCAGUGUUCUUAGGACUAAUUUAUUUAGCAAUACGACGUCAUCUUCACCAAGAAUACAACUUAAUUAACGUUGGAACAACUCCAUCUGGUGUCCGAUUUAAUCCGGCGGAUUAUCCAUACAGAACUGACAAUGGAAAAUAUAAUGACCCUUUCAAUGAAGGUGCCGGUAGCCAAGGGACUUUCUUUGGUCGAAAUGUUUCCCCUGUUGAUCAGAAAGAUGAGGUAUUGAAGCCAGACCCAAUGGUAGUAGCAACAAAACUGCUGGCAAGGAGGAAAAUGAUAGACACAGGAAAGCAAUUCAACAUGAUCGCGGCUUCUUGGAUUCAGUUCAUGAUCCAUGAUUGGAUCGACCACUUGGAAGACACCAAACAGAUGGAGUUGAGUGCACCUAGAGAAGUAGCAAACGGAUGCCCUCUGAAGUCUUUCAAGUUUUACAAGACAAAGGAAGUUCCAACGGGCUUUUAUGACAUUAAGACCGGCACCUUGAAUAUACGAACACCUUGGUGGGAUGCAAGUGCGAUAUAUGGAAGCGAUAGGGAGAGAUUGCAGAAAGUGAGGAGCUUUAAGGAUGGGAAGCUAAAGAUAUCCAAAGAUGGGCUUCUCCUCCAUGACCAAGAUGGCGUUGCUCUCUCUGGAGACGUCCGCAACAGCUGGGCUGGUGUCUCCGCGCUGCAGGCCCUCUUCGUCUUGGAACACAAUGCUGUCUGUGAUGCCCUCCAUAAGGAAUAUCCAGAGAUGAAGGAUGAGGAGUUGUAUCGCCAUGCAAGGCUAGUGACCUCUGCUGUGAUUGCCAAGAUUCACACCAUCGACUGGACUGUGGAGCUUCUCAAAACUGAUACUUUACUCGCAGGGAUGCGCGCCAAUUGGUAUGGGCUGCUCGGAAAGAAAUUUAAGGACACAUUUGGGCACAUAGGGGGAGGAUACUUGCUUGGAGGUCUGGUGGGCAUGAAGAAGCCCCAAAAUCACGGUGUCCCCUAUUCGUUGACGGAGGAGUUUGUCUCUGUCUAUAGGAUGCACUCACUCCUACCGGAUGAUCUUCUCCUUAGGGACAUCUUUGCUUCCCCGGGUCCCAACAAAUCUCUACCAUUAAUCGAAGAGGUUCCCAUGCCAAAUCUAAUUGGCCAUAAAGGAGAGAGAACCCUCUCAGAAAUUGGAUUCACAAAGCAAAUAGUCUCAAUGGGCCACCAAGCCUGUGGGGCCCUCGAGCUUUGGAAUUAUCCUAUGUGGUUUAGGGACCUUGUUCCACAAAAUGUGGACGGCACUGAUCGGUCCUAUCACGUUGACCUACCUGCUCUUGAAGUCUAUAGGGAUAGGGAGAGGAAAGUAGCAAGGUACAACGAGUUCCGAAGGGGCAUGUUGAUGAUCCCCAUCUCCAAAUGGGAGGAUCUAACAGAUGACAACGAAGCUAUCAAAACACUCCGCGAUGUGUAUGGUGACGACGUGGAGAAGCUUGAUCUAUUGGUAGGCAUGAUGGCAGAGACGAAGAUUAAAGGAUUCGCCAUUAGUGAGACUGCCUUCUACAUUUUCCUCAUCAUGGCAACCAGGAGGCUGGAAGCAGAUAGGUUCUUCACGAGCAACUACAAUGAGGAGACGUACACAAAGAAGGGGUUUGAGUGGGUUAAUACAACAGAGAGCUUGAAGGACGUGUUGAAUCGACAUUACCCCGAUAUGACUGAGAAAUGGAUGAAUUCCAAUAGUGCCUUCUCUGUUUGGGACUCACCUCCAACCUCGCGCAAUCUCAUCCCAAUUUAUCUUCGUGUUCCUCAGUGAUAUAUGAAGAUAGUUAGCUCAAAGUUUAUCUAUGCCCAUGUGCUCAUUGGGGGAAAAAAUAAAUAUUAAGGGAAAAAUAAAUGUGGAUUUAUGCUAUAUUUGAUUUAUGAAAAUAUUGAUUUCUUUUUUGAUUUAGCAAAAUUUAUUCAAAAUAAAUGUGGUAAACGUGGAAUAUCUUGUAUAUGUUUGUAUAUACAUGUUCAAUAAAUUCUAAGUUUAUCAUACUUUUAAUA